AUGCCUCCGAGACACAUCGCCAUCUGCAACUGUCCGCUUCGAGUCGACCCUUCUCCUCCGACUUGGUCCCAGGACAACUUGGUGAUUUUAUACCUCCUCUCAUACCCCUUCCCGUCCGUCGACCUCUCUCCUCCUGUCUGCUCGUCUUCUCCCGUCCGUUUCCAUCCUGGACCCGUUCGCCAGUUGCUCCGUCCCCUCCGCUCGGAACCAUGCGAUAAGGAUCCGCCCUCCGCGGCCAGGCUUGGGGGCUUUUCGCGAUCGUGCGCUCCGCUCGUUGGCGCAACCCAGAGCAAGAUGGUGGACCAUCAACGAGAGGAUCAUUUCUCAUCCUCACUGGCAUCUAUUAGCACCGUGCGGAUUCCCGCUCUCCAGCCCGAUCCACCUUGCGAUCCAUCGCAUCGGGCGGACCCGGCAUCGAUGCCUCUUCCUCCUUCACCAUCAACGUCGCCGCCAGCGACCAUGCCCUUUGACGCUUCGCCCGCCCGUCUGGCGGAUGGCGACGUGGGGCCAGGUGAGUUGGAUGGCUCGGCCCGUUCCAGUCCCAAGAAGUCCAUGGCCAUCACGCCCAAAGGCGCCCCGCGCACAACUAUCCCCGCGAUGCUCACGGUGACCCGAAAGGACAACGCCCAGGUAUCGUUCGAGGACUUUGCCACGCGCUUUCGACAAAGUCAGCGCAAACUGGUCCAGAGGAAACGACUGGAAGAGCGUCUCCGUGCCACCAAGGUCUCCAUCGGCGUCUCGGCGCGCAUGAUCCGUAUUGGGAAUACAGUUCAACGCGGUCUGGUUGAAGCACUCAAACAUGAUGACAAGGCCAAUUUUGUUGCCCUCUAUCAAAUGCUCUAUGAUCUUCAGGAGUCGUGUGCAUCCAGCGCAUGGCGCGAUGACCGAGAUGAAUCGCCGGACGAUCAGGAACCACCCUCGGAACCCGAAGUCGAUCGCUCUUCUGAUUUCUUUCAUCAAUUAAGUCCUCAGUCCCGGGCGGACUUACUGGAGAUUUUGCGACUGGUUCGCUCUGAUCCGCAAUUCCUGGUCGACCGUCUCCGCAGUUUUACUUCCGCCCAACUGGCCGCUUUUACCGCCCCAGCCACCACCCUGGACUCUGGAGACCCUGCAUUCCCUUCUUCUUCCCGCUCCUUUCGGGGCCAAUAUUCCUUUAAUCGAAAUUCAACUCAGCCCACCUCAUUCAAGGACCAUGCCUAUGCCUUUGAACGGACCGACCCACUGUCUAUCUUGCUUUGUAACGUUUUUGCCGCACCAUUGGAACCCGAGACGCCGGAGUCUAGGUUACGGCUGGAUAUGUGGUCGUCCGUCUGCGCUCAGCUAAUGUCCCAGAGCAGCAGUAAAUUCUACCCUCUCAUUGGCCAAAUCCUGUCUUCCUGGGCCACUGGGAGUAACUGGAGAGCCCGCCCCAAGUUUGAACUCUACCUCAUGGACAUUCUGCAAACCGGGGCUUUCCUCUUGGAACACAUAGACACCCCUGCCGGUUUGGACUUUGCUGCCGAGGCCUUGGAUCCCCUGCGGACCGAUGCCGCAGAAGAAUUCUUUGCUUCUGCCGUGGAUGGCUUAUUCCGUGUACUUGAUGACCCGGAUGGUGGCUUCCCACGGACAGUCCUUCGCUUUGCAAGGGCCGUACUCCUCAAAAUGGACAACCCUGACAACCGCAGCCGUUUUCUUGAGUACAUUUUUGUCCAGUGGUUCUUCCCAAAAUUCCUUUACAGCGCUUUGACUUAUCCAGAGACUCAUGGGUUACUGCUGGACUUCCACAUUCGCAAAGAUGCUCGUGAGAAGCUACUGGGGCAGGUUGGCUUGAGAGCCUACUCCCAGGUCUUUGCCGUUCUGCGUUCGAUGAAUCAUUUCUCGAUCCUUCGACCCACGAUUAAACAACACGUUGACAAUAUGAUCUCUUGCUUUCAGCCAUCUCCUUCAGAGCCUGCCACGGUUGAUUUUUCAACCCCGUCUUCGGGCAACUCUUCGUCAAGAUUCCUCUUGCUAUCUUCUAGCGAUAUACUUACACUACUAGACGCUCUUUUCCCACAACCACUUCCUUUCAGUCACACCUCUCCGGCAUCCACAGGGGUUCCCUCUUGGUCCUCGGGUCUAUCGCAUUCUUAUGGUAUUCGCCCAGAUUCUCGUCUUGGACCUGGCUUCUUCCGCUCGCCGCGCGAUGCAAUUCCACGACCCACAUCCCAAAGUAGCUCUGUCUUUUCCAUUGAGACAUCUCCUACUUCUAUUCCAGAGAACAGCAUGAGUCAGACUGCCUCACGAAUUCGCUUCGAACUGUCAGGUCUGGAGGAACCGGCUGAACGCUCCCGGUUGGAGGCUCCCUCGGACGAAAAUUGGACAAUAUUCUCUCUUGCCCAGGAUGGUUGUAGUCUUACCUGGAGCCUUCUUCCCGAUUGUGGAUCACGAGGAACCUCGGUUAUUGAAAGUGACGAUGAUGCUCAGUCCACCAGCUUGGGUUUCGAAGAGAAUUAUGAGGCCCUACAGACAGCCAUCGUUCGACUUGUUCAGGAAAACCGUGUUUAUGACGCAGAUGACUUCAGCUUCCAAUCAAUGUCCCAUGAGACGAAAUCAAAGUCACUGAGGCAAAGAUUCAAUCAAGCUAUGGCUGCUUCCCACCACGCCUCUGAUUUUGUCAAUGCACAUUACUGGUGGAAUGCAUCGCGUCAACUUCGACAAGGCCAUGCACCCGAUCGGCCACCCGGCGGAACUGAUUCAUGGAUUCUAGAGCCCAUGCAUAACUCAUGUCUUCGCUCUUUGAACAAAUCACGAGCCAUUAUUGAUCGGUGUGAAAGCGACUUCGUGUCUCUGGAUCAAAGUCUUCGCAGGCUGCGCACACAAGUCAAGGAUUUGAUGGCCACUGUUUCCAAAGUUCGCAACAAGAUGUGGUACAUGACCGAUGUCAAGAAUUCCAUGAGGUAUGAGGAGGCUCGACAUGUGGCUAUGGCCUUAAAAACCAUGAUCUACUCAGCCCGGCCGUAUAUGGACCUGCCUGAUGAACCCCGUUCCCGCGCUGGUGCACGGUCACUAGGGGGAAGUCUAUUCCAGAAGCCCGAAGUACAGGUUAUGAAUAUGAUGAAAGCGCCAAGCAGCCAAGGUGGCCCGAAGAAGUUGUCCGAUGAGCAGGUAGAUUUGACUCGCAAGUGGCUGGCCCACAAUCAAAUCGACAAUUUCUGCAAGGGCGAAGAACGCAUUCACAGAUUCUGCUACGAGGUUCAGACAAGCAUCAAUCGUCUUGUUGGUGAGACCAUGUCAGAUACGCCUGUGUUGUGGGCCAGUGAGCUAUUCCAACGAGAGCGAGCAAGGUACGAAGGCUACGGGACUAGACCCUUCCCUGGACUGUCCAUGCCAACGACACCUCGUCCUUCGACCACCGCGAGUGAAGACCCAGCACAUAUAACUCCACACUUUGGCGGUAAUAUACCAAUACCGGAUUCAGUGUCACGGGUCUCUCAAGACAUCCCAACCAUAGGUCGAAAGUCCUCGAUCCAAAGCCUCAUGUCAGACAAAUAUCGACCCGCACGGGAUAUACCUUUCAUCGACCUACCAUCCAUUGGAGGCUCGCCUGGUCGCGCUGCUUCCACCUCAACAGGCGAUACAUAUAGUACUUUCUGGUCCGCGCCACAGCGGCACCCCAUGUAUGCCACCAGUGUCUCAAGCGUGUGGUCGCGGCCACCCUCGAUGUUCAGUGAAACUGCAACACGACAGCCUCAUCGUUCUGAGCGUAAAGCACACGGCAAGACAGCUUUCAUGGAUGAUCUGAAGCAGACCCUCACCAGUCUACUUCUGAGCGAUCUGGGAUCUCCCGUCUGGAGUUGUGGGAGUGAAACAGAUGCUUGGUUCACCAACAAACUCGACGAAACACGCGUCCGAGUGCAAAUGCAUAGGCACGCGGCCGUUGAAAAAUUCUGGGUAGAUUAUGAAGAUCGCUCACGGCGUGCGAAAGAGCAUCGCCGGGCAACAGGCGGUCGGCGAAGCGUGUCUCUUGGACCUACAACCACCCGUGCUCGCAACAAGCAAGACCAUGACGCGUCCUCAAGGGCCAGUUCAGAAUCUCCUCAAGAUGAUCAAUCAGCCUUCUCAUACGAGGCGGUAUUCCAUCGCUUAAUCGAGGUUUUCUCUCGACACGGCAACCCCUUCGUCAAACUCAAUGCUCUCCGAGACCUGAGAUCACUUGUAGUUGCCUCUCUCGUCGCGUCGCACGAUUCCAUUGGCUCUGGUGCACUGCCAAGUAUCCCAUCUGAAGGGACCGACGGCUUGCGGAAUCCUCCCCGACCACUCACCCGGGCCGCUCGCCAUAGUUUUUCGGAAUCGCGGCCAUCGGGACACAACAUCCUGAAUAUGGCGCUUCCUACAUCAACUGCGGCUGCAUCGGUCACUUGCGGCUCUCGAUCCUCCGACUACUCCACACCAUCUGAGGAUCAAAUUGUGGCAACCCUACGUGACUUGAUCCUGGAGGUCAAGCCUAAGACACUUUUUCGCGACCUUCAAUUUAUUUCAGCUUUUGUUCCCGGUGACCAGCUGAGCAAGACAGAUCGCGGUACAGCCUUCCUCCAAUUCGGUCUUGCCGCACUGAGCCUGAAGGAUGAAGUAUGCAAUAGCAUGGUUGAGAUCGCAGAUCGCAUCGUGUCUCAAGAGCUCAUGUGCCGACAUCCAUUGCCCGGAUCAGAUUUCUAUCCUCGGCCUGGCCACGCCAUCGAAGACGCGGCAUCGAUGUGGAUCGUCACUGCCAAAGAAGGAAAUCCAGUAGCUCAGCGCGAACUCGCCAUCCUUUAUCUUACUCAUCCAGAACUUCUUCCCCGUGUCACGCUACCACUUACCCGCCCACGGGAUACUUUCAAGGCCGAGAUGAUGUACAUGCGUGGCAAAGACUCCAAGUCUGAUCCUCAGAGCAUGUGUCUGGCGCUGCACUGGAUGCAGCUGUCUGCGAGCGGGGGGACGUUCUCGCGCGCAACCGACUCCGCGAAAGAGAAGAACCCGGAGAAGGGAUCGUUCAGGCAAGGAACGAGUCAACCACAACCCCCGGGGCGAGACGGGUUAACUAGUUAA